UCGCUGCUGUUUAUGCUGAUGUUAUGUAAGAUGCAAUCAUCAUCAUCAUCACGGUACAAGCAAAAUAACUAAUCGCCCGCAGUACACAUACAAACACAUAUGCACUUACAGCGAACCUGGUUUGGGGGAGAGGUACUGACUACAUACAGACAAGCUGAAUAGAUAAACCGUGACAGUUGUCAAAUUGUAUGCGACUGUGUAAGGACAGUCUGUCAAAUUGCCUGCUUUCUCUCGAAGAGAAGGGUGCUUCUUCAAUCGUGGCGGAGCGCCAGAAGAAUGAUGCGCUGACUAUGGUUAAGGUUGUCAACGAUCAGCUGUUCGAUUUAACCGUUGUGGCACGGAAGAGCGAAUAUAAACCCUGCUUAAAUACGCGCUCGGAACGAGUGUCGAAACGGAUGCAUGUCUACGAAGAUUUAGAGGAACAAAGUGACCCGUAGGAACAUGAAAACUGGUCUGUAUCGUAAUGUUUUGUUGUAGAGCGGUGAUUUAUUGUAGCACCUGGGUCCUCGGCUAUUUCAGAAUGUGGUGAGACGUACUUUAUUUAUGUGGAGUGAGGCAGAUACGAUACUGUGCUGCAAGCCGUUUUGAUGAUGCGAAGUGAACGAGUACAGUAACUGUUGGAUCGCACUGAGUGGCUGGCAGGUUAAUUAGUGGUAAAUCAGCAUUGAAAUAAAAUGAUGAAUAGCUCGGAACAGUGACGUAUCAGUUUAGUCGACAAUGGUAUAACAAUUGAAUUACAGAACUUUGCAUAUAUCUUGCUACUUACAUCCUCUGGUCAUGAUAGUCUUGGAAAUGUCCGAACAGUCAAAAAGAUUGUCAAGGGAAAAGACCUAUACUGUAGUUGAAAUCUACAAGUUAGAGAAACAACGUGGGUCCAACUACGAAACGUCCCACAACAUCUAAACAUAGAUCAAUUAUGUGGACUGUUAUUAUCCCUGUAAUCAUGGCCUUCCUUGGGAGCCUUUCAAGCCGCAGGACUAUUGUGAGUAUGUAAUUUAUAAUGUGACUAUUACCGCUGUAAUCGACAAUCGACUUCCUAACAGACAGAAAAAUAUGGAUCCCAAUAUUUUGGACGAUAGUUGCGACGAGCUGGAGCUCGACCUGGAGGUGUUGCCUUUCGAGAUGAGUCUCCUUGAAGCGAAGCUCGUUUCAACGCGAUGCUCGACAUCGAGUGCUCCAUUAGGGGUAGCGCGAGCUCUGAUUCUGUCUGACGCUACAAACAUCAAUAAUGCUACACGCUAUGCAACAACAGGAAAUGUAAUCUCUCAUGCGACAAAGUGCGAGAAAAGAACUUUUGCUGAUAGUGGAUUUGAGAUGGAAUCAGAUAGGAUCGAGCAAUUCGAGUUCGUGAUUAAUCGCUUAGGUGAACAAUCAGCCAAGGCACAAGGGCUUCGAGGGCCUAUUACGACUCUUUCGCGGUUCCUCGAAGCGUCGUCAUGUCCGAGUUCGCACCAUAAUCAACGGAUCUAUCUGUUUGCGAUGCCUCCGCAUGAUAACAGGCGAUCUCGAGAAGUAGUUGCUUUUUUAAAAGUUGGCUGGAAACGGCUCCUUCUGUUGGACGACACACGAGAGGUACACGAUGUCAUGACGCCUUCUAUACUGGAUUUUUGCGUACGUGCUCAUUAUCGUCGCAGGGGUGUUGGACGAAAACUAUUCGAUUGUAUGUUAGCCUAUGAGGGGCGUCAGCCUUGGGAACUCCCGAUCGACAAUCCUUCUUCAAGGAUGCGCUUUUUUCUGAGGCGGCAUUAUGGAUUGGAUGCAGAACUAGAGUCCAUACCUCAGCUAAACAGGUUUACCGUUUUCAGAGGCUUUCCCUUCGACCGUCAAACAACUAUCUCCGAUGAGGGUCAAAGAGAGAGUUGUCACGGAAGAUGUAUCCAAGAACGGCGAAACGAUAGCGUCUUGCGGUGCAUCCUUCGGGACUACGAUGGACGUUACGACCAAACGAGCGCACAUAAAAACCGCCGUUGGGUAGAAGAGCCUAUCUAUCAACAAAAAGAACCGCGUCAUUCAAGCGAACAUCGAAACUACAAUUCGGCCUUUUUUCAUCGCGGAGAGAACUCGCAUAACUUUGAAAAAGAUUCGACAAGCUGGUGUUGCAAUCAAGAGUACAGUCAACGUAUGAUACGACAAUCGCGAAGCGCGCAUUUGCGGAUGAGAGACAAUGAUCUAAGGACAGCCGGACCCCGCUCAAGCUCUUCUUCAUGGCGAGUGCUUGGUCUUGAAGGUCCUGGAAACCUCAACUAUCAGAUUUCGUAAGAAGAAUCGGACGGUCAAUUUUCACAAGAUUAAUUUGCCCAGUGACUACAACGGGCACGUUAGCUGACAAAACAAAGUCUAACUUCAACCUAUUUAGUCACUUGAAGGUCUCAUUACCGCACAUAAUGGGUUGCCAAACAGUCAUCGUCAGAACAUUGCUUUCCAUUUUACCAUGAUGAAAAAAAAAUAGAAAGAUUCUCCAGGUCGUAGGCAUUGGUUCGAAGCCAGGUGAUGAUUAUUGUGGAACUCGGUUCUGCCAUUCUCGAAUUGAAUCCUACGAAGGAAGGUAUUAUAGGUAUAACUGCAGAGCAAAGGGAGGACAGCAGUUUUCAUGACGACCUAAUACUAAAAACAGCUUUCUAUGGCCAUCAUUAAAAUCAUCUUCUUUGAAAAAAGCGUUAUGGAUACAUUUAUAGCCUAGACGUGUGAAUGGUAAUCGUCAUAUACAUUAUAACAAUGAGGACUCAGCUUCUUAAUCCUACGCGUGAAGCAAAUUGAACUCAGUUAUAAAUGUGAUGUUUCAAAUACAUCUUUAUGUACGAAAUUAGAAAAAGCUAUAGCGAAGCGGCCAUAGAAAAAAGAGGAACAGCGGUAGAACUUUUGCGUUAAAUUUUGUCUUAUGUCGAAAUUAUUAAAAGCAGAGACGUGAAAUUUGGUCAAAUUGUGAUUGAAAUUGGACACAGUAACGUAAGGUUUCCAUGUUACCGGCAUCAAGCUAACUGUUUCUAACAUAUUCAAAAGAUAUGUGUAGUGUUCUAACUCUACAAAUAUUCUAGACUAGCUAUUAAAAUCUACCACGAGCAAAAAUAAGCGAAAAACAUACGGUUUAUGACCCAGCAAUUUUUUUUUAAUGAUAAAUUUCUGUGAAAGUUCCUUAGAACCAACAGUUUCAUUACGGCAGCCCUUUGAAAAAAGAUUACACAGAGAUAGAAAUACACGAGCAAGCAAAAUUUAUAUCAAUAAUUUAAUGACAUAUAUUUUAUGUCAGCAUUGCAGCUGAUUUGUACCUUUAGUGUUAAUCGGAGUAAAUUCAUCAUUAUAUGUCCAUGUUAAUAUAUUUGACAAAGUUAUUUUAUUGUCUUUUAUAUAAGUUGUGAUACCUAUUAUUGAUGAUAAUAAAGUGGCACUAAGAUCUUGCCGUACUAGGUGAAUCUUAUCAUUCUUGUCUAAACUUGGUAACGGCCUAGGUGGUGAGCGGCAGUUUUCCGUUUCUCCAAAGGCGCUAAAGGUUUUGCUGUUCCUUCUGAACACGGUAAGGACUUUAUUAUCGCAGUUACAUUUAACUAUUUGGCUAUGUUAAUAUACGUCUGUCUUAACCCUAUACGUCUUACUUGAAGUUUCGCAUACAUACCGAUACAUUUUUUGUGUGAAAGCCCGUGAAGACCUUAUCUUGGUCUUGUGUUUGUCUCGUUAUUCAAAGUUGGAAUUCCAUCAGGUCGCUAACAGCGGAUUGAUCUUCAGCAGACAACGGAUACAGACUUAUUUAGUAUCGUUUCACUGUGGCCAAAUCACUCGCAUACGUUAUAUAUAGAAUUCGUGUUAUAAUUGACAAGCACAUUAAUUACAUAUGCAGUUGUGCUUGUACCGUUUCGCGAUAUAUAGUGAUUAUUCAUGCGACUGCAAUUAUAAUAACAUUACUGCUUUUGCGAACAUUUCCAUUUCGUAAUCUAUAACGCUAUGCUUUAUGAGGGGAGUGCAAUAGAUAUUAAAAACAAAAGCUAUCAGGACGGCGUUCUGAAAACUGGACCGGUUUUUAAAAAUUGUAUUCAUUCAAUGAAAAGAAAGAAUAAAACAAACCUGAGUUUGUAUCACAAACUGGACAUUAUUUGUUCAUGAUAUCACUUGCUGCGAUAUUCCACUUUGAUAACGUGGGGUGAAGGUAACUUUUUCGUCGGUUUAAAAGCCCUUACCCUCAAACAUGUACGAAACAAAGCUGUGUAUAGAAAUGCGAAAUAACGCUAGCAAGGCUUAUCUUGGCAGCUUGAUAGAUUAGCGCCGAUAUAACAGUUAGACGUUUAAACUGCACUCUGCAUUUACAUACGGUGUUCGGAAAGUCAAGCAGUUCUGUACAUAACAUAGAUCGUUUACACUGAGCGCUGUGAAAUUGCACACUUUAUGUACACUUCAAUAGAUGAUAUAUAUAUAUAUAUAUACAAAUAUUUAAUCACUUAAGCACAAGGCUCUUCAACGGCUUCAGUAGCAUUGGCGACACAAUAUUUGCUCACUAUGAUAUUUGCAUUACUAGAUGCCAAGCAAGUAUCCGAAGCACUCAUUUAUUUAUUUUACAUAUAAAAUGGAAAUGGCCAA